UGUCAGUUGCGGAGCUUCUGUGGGGAGUGGGAGCUGAAGCUUUGCCGGGCCCCCGCGCAUGGGGGGUCGCUCCCGGACAUGCCCUUCUCGCCGCUCGGCUUCUCUGUCCUGCUGCUGGCGACCGCGGGAAGGUCGCUCCCGGUGAGGAGGAGUUCAGAUGGAUCCCUCUCUGAGGUUGUGCAGAAAUGGAAGGAAUAUCAGCUCCAGUGCCAGAAAUACUUAUAUGAGACACCCCCCAUUGUUCCAGAAGGCAAAUUCUGCAACAGAACAUUUGACGAUUAUGCCUGCUGGCCAGAUGGACUGCCUGGCACCUAUGUGAAUGUCAGCUGCCCCUGGUAUCUUCCCUGGGCUAAUGCAGUUCUGCAUGGACAGGUGUAUCGCUUCUGCACCUUGGACGGGACCUGGCUGCUGAAGGAGAAUUCGACUCUGCCCUGGAGGAACCUGUCUGAGUGUGAGCCCUCUGACCAGGAUGCACCAGAAGAACAGCUCCUGAAUUUGUCCAUCAUAUACACCAUUGGAUAUGCUCUUUCCUUCUCUGCCCUUGUAAUAGCAACUGCCAUUCUUCUUGGAUUCAGACAUCUGCACUGCACGAGGAAUUACAUUCACCUGAACCUCUUCACCUCUUUUAUCCUGAGAGCUAUAUCUGUUUUCAUUAAAGACUCGGUGGUGAAGUGGAUGUACAGCACAGCCACACAGGAGUACCAGUGGGAAGGACUUAUAGCCUUCCAGGAAUCACUCAGCUGCCGUUUGGUCUUCGUGAUGAUGCAAUAUUGCGUGGCUGCAAACUACUACUGGCUGCUGGUGGAAGGCAUGUACCUGUACACACUGCUGGUACUUUCGGUCUUCUCUGAGCAAAGGAUUUUCCGCCUUUAUCUCUGUAUUGGCUGGGGUGUGCCAAUGCUGUUUGUUAUUCUCUGGGGAACUGUCAAGUACCUUUAUGAAGAUGAGGGUUGCUGGACCAGAAACUAUAAUAUGAACUACUGGCUGAUCAUCAGACUGCCCAUUCUUAUUGCCAUCGGGGUGAAUUUCCUCAUCUUCGUCAGAGUUAUAUGCAUCAUCAUCUCCAAACUGCAGGCUAAUUUGAUGUGCAAAACUGACAUAAAAUGCAGGUUGGCCAAGUCUACGCUGACUCUGAUCCCACUGUUGGGGACUCAUGAGGUCAUCUUUGCCUUUAUUACUGAUGAGCAUGCCAGAGGGAUGCUGCGCUUUGUGAAGCUUUUUACUGAGCUCUCCUUUGCUUCAUUCCAGGGGCUGAUGGUUGCGAUUCUUUACUGUUUCAUUAAUAAUGAGGUUCAGAUGGAGUUUCGGAAAAGCUGGGAGCGCUGGAGAUUGGAACACUUUUAUGUCCAGAGAAACAGCAGUAUGAAACCUCUGAAGUGUCCAGCCAACAGCAUCAGUAGUGGGGGCACAGUCGGCAGCAGUGUCUAUGCUGCCACUUGUCAGGCCACGUUCAGCUGAGAUUUCUGCAGAUGAAUCAGACUAAGAACAAUGUUUAAUAUACCUGAAAACCCUUAAAUACCUUAAGCUUGUGGCUUAAGUUUGCUGUCUCCAGAAAGAAACUUAAGCAUAUGCUGCUCAUCACUGCAGGCUGUUGGCCAGAGUUCCUAGGGAAAGCAAUCUGCUAAUGUAAUCAACAGAUCAGAGGAAAAAUUGGUCACAUCUAAAGUAAGUUAAAAGAGUUUCUUCCUAUUUGCACACAAGGCCUCCGGGGGUCCAGAACUUAAGCGUAGCAUUGAUCCAGUCUGAAACCACAGGGUCAAUGGCUUAUUACUGUUGAGUGGGUGAGCUGAAUGAUCGACUGAUUAAAUUACAGGGAUAUAGAAUAUGAUUAUUGCCGAAAAAUAAAUUAAGACUUUCCUGGGGAUAGGGUAAGGUGCCAUCACCAUUUCUAGAAAAAAAUAAUUUAGUGGGACACAACUUACAUUUCAGGGAAGAAUCAGUUUUGUAGCAGGGGUUUCCCAAAGUUAAAAUUGAAAAUACACUAAUCUAUUUUCUGGGUAGGUGAAAAACAGCACCCUGAAGGUGUAUCAAUAUACAGCAGGUAAUGUUAGUGAGCACUUCUAAAUGCUACCUUUAAGCUUCACUUAAAAAAAAUAUAAAAACCCAAAUAAAACAAAAAUGCAGUAUCUGUUAGUAACCUCCUCUGCAAGGAAUAGGUGCACAUUAUCUCUGUUGACAUGGAUGGAAAUGUCCCCUGCAUGAACAGCCCUUCCACUGUCAGUGCUAGUAUGCCCACCUUGUGGGCACACAGGCAUUCACAGGGAUGGGGUGAUGGCUUGUUUUUCAAGAGAAUGUUUCCUGUCUGAGCUUUACUCUGCUUCUUGUGGGUGCAAACACAGAAAGCAGUCAGCUUACAGCCGCUGCUGGUCUCAGCAGACCUUUUCUUUUUGCAAAGAUUCGGUUUUGGCAGUUUUGUUUCCCUCCCCGGCCUUGGUCCUUUUCUUCUGUGACACAAGGUACCCACGCUCGCGGAUGGGGAGGUGGCCCUUGUGCAGGGCACGGGUUCAGGACCGAGGACAGCUCCCGCCCCCCUGCCCGGGGCCGGCUGCCUUUCUCCAGAGCCUCCUAGUUUCCCAUCAGCAGCGUUCCAAAAAAACCCAAGCAAAACCAACUCCAAACAAAAAUUCCUGAAAUCCAUGAGCUUUUUCUAUCUGCUUAAAAUUACAAGGGCUCGUGCAGUGACUACAUCUGCACUGUGUAGUGUGUUCCCUGCCUGAUGUUGACAAGAGUUGCUGAGGACAAGCCGAAGUACCUUUAGAAGCAGGUGUGGUAUGUUGCAUCACUUAAUAACAACCUUUGCACAUCUUUAUUCCGCUCUUACUUGGGUUCCCUUUGCAACAAAGAGGCAAAGUGCCAAAGACGAGCUCUGAGAAUCUCCCUGCUCACAGAUUUCUUGAAAUAAAUAAGUAACUUCCAUGGCAAAGCAGUUAAAACUGUUCAGCAGAAAUAACCCUCCCUAUUUUAAAGUAUUUUUGCACUUGCAUUCACAGCCCCUAUUGCCAAGAAAGUGAACUGGAUAUUCUGGGAUGUAACUCAGCAUCUUUCCUGCCUGAAGCUAGAUUGCUUUGCAUGGGAUUAUUUAUUGUAUUUAUUGUAUUAGAAUUCUAAUUGCCAACAGUAUGGAUUAGUUUUGCAAUCGGUUAGAAUUGAAUUAAAGAGGAUGUGUUACCUUUUUCUGCUCUAAUGCUUGUAACUGAACUCCAAGGAGAAAGGCGUGUUUGCAGAAAUCCACCCCAGUUCUCAGGCUGGCUUAUGUGCAGCACGCUAACUUCUCUGAAGGCUGCUUCCACGCCUUCCCUCCCCAACAUCAGUGCAAAGCUGACUUUGGAAUGAAGCACUUCAGGUUCUUCUCUGUAUUUAAUAACUAGCUUCUGUGUUAUGUGGCCAUCAAUACAAUACUUGUCUAAUAAAUGCAGGUGUUAACUGCUGUCCUACAAGUUAAUUAUCUUCCUGUAUAUACAGAGUAUGCUUGAUGUUUCUAUCUAAUGUCUACCCUGAAGUGCUAAGAAUAGGAAAAAAGUACUAAAGAUUGUUACUGGCAGGUGAAGGGGCAGCAUGGUGACAGAUGCAAUUUACAGCUGUGGCUUAAUGCACUUAAUUUCACUUAAUUUCACUCAAUUAAUAUUCAAGAGUGGAUGCUGGUCCUGCUUAAUUUGUGCAAACCUGGGAAAAAACAUUUCUGCUGCUUGCACAGCUGUUGGCAAGAUGAUAGUUUUGCUUUUACAACAGAAGUUACAGAAUUGUUUUAAUUCACUGCUGUGCUGGACAAACAAGUGUGUGUAACAAAUUAAAGAGGACAGACAUGGGAAUAGAGAGCAUUUCCAUGUGAGGUAACAAACUUGUACUUAGUUACUGUCGUAAGAUUCAACAGCUUGACGUGCUUUUGAAUUAGUAAGUUCUUGUCCCUCCUGCUCAUUUGUGAACUGAGGGUUUUGGUCCCACAGGAGUAACUCCAGUUAACUUAUCCUGGUGACUUCUGCUUUGUUAGAAUGCAAGAGAAAAGUAAGGUAACUAAGUGAGGUCUUAGCCAAGCAGAAGGCUGCAGAGAAAUUUUUUUCCCCCCCUCUAAUUAAGCUCUCACUUGUUCAGACCUUUUUAAAUGCCCUCUCAAAACAACUCAGUGGAAGUAAUUACCACCAAGCAGAAUCACAGUAUUUGUGUAUUUAGAGAUUUAGCAAGGCCUCAAUGCCAAUUUCUCCAUCAUACUUUAUCUACUUCAGUAAAACCUUUUUGCAAGCCCUUGUUAUUCAUGCCAUCUCUAUUUUACAAUGUGUAAUGUACAUUUAUUUGAGUAGCAUGAAAUAAAUAAACCAACACAAAGCACUGGAACAGAUGAACUGUGUCAAUUUUUAUUUUUUGUGCCUUUUGACUUCAUGCUCACUUAUUGUGGUUGUUUCAUACUUGUUUAAUAAAGCAUUAAAUGCAAGAGUCUAUAAAUCCACCUGGACAUAAUGCAGCUAGAGUUUAUAGCAAGUGAAAACUUUAUUUCCAGCAUUGCUGCUAAGAAUUUUUAUAAUUUCAUGGAUCUUACCUUAUAUUUAAUAGUUAUUUGCAUGUAUUUCCUUGUUUUAAUAAAUACCCACAGAACUGAACUGUGACAAGAUAUCAGAUUAUCAACUCCCCAUAAACACUAUGCUGAUGUUUAUUGUUGUGAAUAAAGUUUCAAUUCACAAAAUUCCAUUGUUUACAAGUGUUUUGAGUAUCAUCCAGCUAUUUCUUACCCUGCAAUUAGAAUAUUUUUUAAGAAAGGAAAGAUUCACAAUCUGUGGUUCUUCCACGGAAACAACGCUUUAUAUGUGCAACCAUGUGUCCACUACCAUGAGGCCUUUGACCCUGCUGAGCCUAUGUUAAUCAAAUCCAAAAUGCAGCAUGUUACAGAGUCAAAAGGAAUCAGUAAGAAUAAUGAAAACUCGGGGGGGGGGGGGGGGUU